GGACGGCAUCACCGAACAGUACUGUGCAGUGCCUCUUCUGAUUGCGACACCGAGAGGAUCUUGCAGUUAUUAAAACUGGUUUACGUAAGUUGGGGAAGGCAAGAAUUCACUUCCAGUCGCCCACCGGUCGCCCAACAGUCAGCCACCAGCCGCUUUACAUAUCGCACUGAAGGCUAUCGCACAUUAUACUGGACCAAGACGAGCAGGCGUGUGGACAACCGCAUCAUAGUGACAGUGGCGGCUGAGGAAAUCAAAGCAAAAGCAAAGUCCUGAUGACUCAGGACCUGGAGCGAUGGGAGUUACUCGAAAACCUCGGUAAGGGCGCCUUUAGCCAGGUCUACCGCGCACGAGACCUGGAAGGAGAUGCUGGCGAGGUAGCCGUGAAGGUGGUGCCAAAGUUCAAAAUGAACAACCAGGGGGCAGCAUUCCGUUGUUUGCAACCUGGAGGCGUGAUAGAUAUUUCCGAUAUGAGCUACCAUCCGCCUGGUCCAAUAGGUCCCGGCAGCGCGUGGAUCGAUUGGUUCCGGAUGCUUGCCGUCCUCACGAAUGCUGCCGGCUUGGAUAUUGGCAUCUACCGGGGUGAUCGUGCCCAACGUGAGCUGAGGCACGUUGGCUACAAAGUCUUGCGCCGGCCUCGGGACCGGUACUUAAUCACUACGGGGAUCUCCGUUUACGGGGGUCGCUGCCUACUAGUUAGCGUGGUUGAGCAGAUGAAAGGCAUCCUGACGCGAGCCAUGGAGUUUGUGCCAGUUUCUCUGUCGCGAGAGGAGAUGAUGAGCCGACUGGAGAGGGAAAUCCUUCAGGAUGGAAUGACGAUUAGAGUUGUUUCCGCCUCUCAACGCCGGCAGGAUGACAUCGCCUUGAUGCCUCAUCGAUGGCGUGUGGAGCGUUGGAACUCAGACCAGGAUCUCCAGUCGGCCACAGAGCUUUGGCUGGAUGCCCUUCCAUCGCGGUUCCAUCUCCCUCAAGACAUUCUUGGGCCCCUUCUAGGCAGAAGCAACGCCCAUCAUUCCGUAGUUCGCGAUCACACGGGGCUUCUUGGAUUCUGUGCGACAUAUACCAUGAAUGCAGAUAACGCUGGGGACCUCGUCGGGUCUCUGGGAGUUCUCAUCGUGAGGUCGACACAUCGAGGCCGAGGGAUUGGAAAGAGUCUCCACGACGAAGCGUUAGGGCGCUUACGCGAGCAGCACAAAGUGCGCUGUCUGCGACUUGGUUCGACCUUCCCCCGACUACUGAUCGGCGUGCCAUUCGACGAACCCUUCGUGGGAUGGUCGGACUCGGCAUCGCAAGCCUCGGACUGGCUUUUGAGGCUAAGCGGCUGGCAGGAGAAAAGAACCACAUCGCCCGAAGACGCGACGCUGGAAGUCCAGAUAUUUCACCAGUUUGGGCUGAGGUUCUCGCCAUGCAACAACAACAUGUUCGAAGACGCACUUAGGCUCGUGGCCCAAGUCACCCGCGGGAAAGACCUUGGCUGCAGUCGCCUGGUUCGUCUCCUGUCACCCUUGAAGCAAGAUAUGAGAGACCUCCACGCCGACGUGGCCUCUCGCUGGGACUGCCAGAACUACUAUGGAUACGACAGAUGGUUUGCCGGUCAACGCAACGGAGCCUCUGGCCUAUCCAACCUCAACACGGAGUACAUUCGUCGCUACAAGGAGGCUAUUCCGUGGAUUCAGGGCAGGAUCGUCUCGAACUCUAGGUACCGCACUGAUAACACCAAGUUCUGGGGUCAGUGUUCCUCCGAUUUAAGAGGCUGGGAGUCGGAACACCUGUGCCCCGAAGGCCUGGCUGAGUACAGACACUGCCGACUGGUUCUCCAGGCCUUGCACACCACUCCAUCGUUGCGAAGUUUUGCCUAGUAUCUUUGCUGGACAUUGCCUUAUUCAAACCUUCCAGAUGAAUGAUAUGUCUCAGAGGCAACUACUUCCUUUAUUCUCAUGUUCCAAUAGUGGCGACAAGACAACGUUCAGGAGUAUCUCACUGCCAGCCAACAUUACCCAAGUAUGCGCGACCUAUGAGCAGUAGAUAUUUUGCAAACAGGUGGAGUUAAGCAUGCAAAUCAUUUGGCAAAUUGCCAGUUCAACCAAAUAUCGCCCCGUGGCCGUCCAACUAAUCAAAUAUCGGGGCAAACUUGCAUUCCUAUGAGAACUGCGUAUGGGCCCCGGCUCCCCUGGAGGGCCAGCGAUCAAUCUGUUAAGCC